UCACCUUUGCGAAUAAAAUAAAAUGAAUUUUGUUUUUAAACCUUGAAUUUAUUUAUUUUUUUUCACUGUAUUUCAGGUCAGCCAAUAUUGGAGUAUUUGUUUGCUUAAAAUGUUGUGGUGUGCACAGAAGCCUUGGUUCUCAUAUAUCAAAGAUUUUAUCUGUGACUUUGGAUGAAUGGACAGAAGAAGAAAUUGAUUCAAUGAUUGAAGUUGGGGGGAAUGCUGCUGCUAAUUCAAUAUAUGAGGCUUAUAUUCCAGAAGGACAUAAAAAACCUGAACCAGAUGCCAGCCAUGAACAGCGUGCAAAUUUUAUAGUGUCAAAAUAUGAGAAUCAAGAAUUUUUGAAACCUGGCUUGCGCAUUGUGUCUGGGAAAGGCGGUCCAAAUUCAAACUCCGCAAAAAGUCGCAUCGAUGGUGGUAGUUCAAAGAGAACGGAAGGUAUGGUGGAAUUUAUUGGAAUGUUGAAGGUGAAAGUGAUUAGAGGCACCAAUUUAGCUAUUAGAGAUAUAAAGACAAGUGAUCCAUAUGUUGUUUUGAACCUUGGCACACAGACUUCCCAGACAAGGGUAAUAUCGAGUAACUUGAAUCCAGUCUGGAAUGAAGAAAUUAUGUUGUCUGUUCCUGAAAUAUAUGGACCAAUAAAACUGAAAGUGUUCGAUUAUGACACAUUUUCUGCUGACGACAUAAUGGGAGAAGCAGACAUUGACAUUCAGCCCCUGAUAUCAUCUGCCAUGGCAUGUGGUAAUGCUGCAAUGUUUGCCAAUAUGCAGAUAGGAAAGUGGUUAAAAGCUGAUGGGAAUGCACUUAUUGAAGAUAGUAUAGUCAAUAUUGUUGAUGGGAAGGUUAUACAGGCCAUGACACUGAAGCUCCAGAAUGUUGAAUGUGGAGAAAUAGACCUAGAAAUUGAGUGGAUCCCUCUUGAUCAAUAGGUACUUGCCCAUGUUAAACUACCAAUUCUCUUGUUGAAAUCCCUGUAACUUUUUUCAUAUACUAUGGUCUCCUUAUCCUAGAAGAAUAUCCUUCCCAACAUUGUACACAGAUAAAAAGGAACGGAGAUAGUAAUAAUAAUAAUAGAUUAUGCCAUGUAUAUUUAUUUCUUACUGUUAAAUACGAAGCUUAAUCAAAUUGUCUCCUGAGAAAAGGAAGAACAUAUAACUUUUUUGGUUGUGUUGCUAAUCAUAACCUUACUUUUAUGAGUGCAAA